AUGUCUUCUCGCCUCAACACUAGCCACAGUCGUCAUAAACUGCGGGCCCAAGGAGGAGCUAGAGAUAGUCUUUUAAAUCCACAGCAUCCAUACCAGUCAAUGAAGAAUGUUCCCCCUCAUUAUACAAUUCAAUCUUCGACGUUAACUAAACAGAAUUCGGAAAUAGUAAGAUACAAGAUCAGUCCUGAGAAAGGCACUCCAUCGCAGUUAUCUUUACCGCCUCUUGAGAAGCCUCAAAGUUCGUUAUCAAUGAUGAAUCAAGCGGAUACAUUUUCAUACAAAUCAACACCAUCAUACAAACAAGUCCAAACUAUGGAGAGACACCAAAAGUACGAACAAAUUUUAGAUUCUUUCCUUUUGAAUUCAUUAGAAGGUCCUAUCGCACAAGUUAUUGAAGAAACGAUCGGAGUAACCCUUGACGCAACAACAGUUACAUUGUGGCAAGAUAUUCCUUCCCUUCAUAUGCUAUAUUCUAAAAGAUUAACAAGAACCGUUAAUCAUUCUUCCGGACUUGUUGGAUUUACUUUCUUUACUCGCGAAAUAGUAAAAUCAGAACAAGCUUCUCAGCACAACGCUUACGUAGAAAGUGAAGAUUCUUUGAUUUGCCCCGGCAAUACUCAAGUUCUUCUAUUUCCACUUUGGGAUUCAGAAAACAACAUCUGUGCAGUUGUAGAAGUUACAAAACAACCAGGAAAGCCAUUCUUUUCAGACGAAGAUGAAGAUUUUAUUUUAUUCUUUACAAAAAGGUUCAAAAUUUACAGUCAAUGGCUAUUUAAGCCAGCAUUUCCACAAAAAUUCAUUUCAGACUUAUCAAGUGUUAUGGAAUUAGAACAAUUUUUAUUAGUUUUUCAACAAAGGGUUCCAAGCUUCUUUAAUGCACGCGCAGCCGAGAUUUGGAAGUACGACAUGCAUAAUAAAGAGUUAUAUCGCUACGAUUCUCGUUGUACUAAGAUUGAUGAGAAUUGUGCCGGAAUUGUAUGGGAAGCCUUUCAAAGAGAGUGCCCAAUUAACUGCAGUGUCAAUAAAAUGCUUUCAUCUUACACUCCGGCUAUUGAUGGCGACAUUUCAGAAGCAAUUUUGGUAGUUCCGUUAGUAGAUAUCAAGAAAAUGGUAAAAUGGGCUAUAAUUCUUCGUGGCCAUAAAGGACUUCCUGUAUUUACACAGGAAGACGAGUCUUUAUUGCGAGAAGUCAGUAUGAGCAUCACAAUUUCUUUAGAUAACGCUGAUAGAUUCACACAAGCCGGCGUUGGCAAGAACAGAUCAUCUCUUGAGCAUCAGUGCAUCACAUCCCUUGAAAAUGCAGCUGAUUCUUUGAUCCAAGGCGUCUCUCUCAAUGAAAUUGUUUCGAGGGCCAUUAAAAACCUCGAAAAUUUGACAAGUGCCGAUAAAUCGUAUUUAUUUUUCUUCGAUGAGCAAAAUAAAAAAUACGUAUGUGAUGACGGUCAUACAAAGAUAUCAUUAGACCAAGGAAAAGGAAUUGUUGGUUUGACAUUUAAUAAUUCCAAGAUUUAUAAUAUCCCUGAUGUUAUGUCUUCAACUGAGUAUGACAUGACACCUGAAAUACAAACAGGAUACAAAGCUCACUCAUUACUUUCUGUUCCAUUGAUAAAUAACAGAAAAGAAGUUAUCGCUGUUUUACAACUUUUGAAUCGAAGAGAUCAAAAACCGUUUUCAAAUAUUGACGUGAAUUUCGUGAAGAUCAUUUCAAACUUAAUAGGCUUGUUGAUGGAAAACGAGAAAAUGUUUGGAAUAUCAACACAAGCGAACAAAGAAGUCGAAGAAUUCAUUAAAUCUUCGAAUUCAAUGCAAAAGAAUUCACAUGUGAAAACGGUUUUGUCAGAAAUUGUUCAUUCUGCAUUAGAAACAUUAAAUGGCGACCGAGCAUCAUUAUUCAUACAUGAUAAAGUUGUUGGCGUAUUAAGUACAUUGAUUGUUGAUGGUGGAGAACUUCCACAAACAAUUCCAAUGUCUCAUGGUAUUGCAGCAACAGUUGCAAACACAGGAAAUCCAAUUUUAGUAAAUGACGCUUAUCACGAUCCGAGAUUUAACAAGAUGAUUGAUUUUCAUACAGGUUAUAAGACACAAUCUGUUUGUGCAGCUCCAAUAAUGACAAAUGAUGAAGGAGUUAUUGGUGUCAUAGAAGUCAUCAACAAAAAGAAUUCCAAUUUCUCAGAAAAAGAUAUUUUGUUGUUGCAAAGUUUUGCCACUUUUUGCGGUACAUGUCUUGAAAGCAAACAUUUAAAGGAUAUCACGGAAAGAGGUACAGCACAAAUAGAAAUGGCAAAAUGGAUUGGAGAAUAUGAAAGAAAUACAUAUACAAUUCCUUUCAAAUUACAAAUUCCUACCAACAAACAAAGCCAAUUGACUUCUUUAGAUUUCUUCGCUGUCGAUUGGAAUGGUAUUGGAUUAUUCAAAGUUUGUUUCCAUGUGUUUAGUUCGUUCGGAUUAUUGGAAAGAUUUAAGAUUUCCAAUGAACUAUUUUUCACUUUUCUUUAUAGAUUGAGAGAAUCUUACAACGAGCCUCCUUAUCAUAAUUGGAUACAUGCAAUUGAUGUCUUGCAAUAUGUAUCAUAUCAAUGCAAGAUAACAAACGCUGAUUCCAUUUUGACACAUUUAGAAUUGUUGGCUGUUUGUGUUGCAGCAAUUUGUCAUGAUGCCGGUCAUGAAGGUUAUAACAAUAACUAUAAUAUUAAUGCACAAACACCAUUAGGAAUCUUGUUCAAAGACAGAUCAGUAAUGGAAACAUAUCAUUGUACAGUUGCUAUACAAAUAUUGAAGAAUGAAGAAUCAAAUAUUUUGUAUGCAUUGACACAUAAUGAAUUACAGAUUAUUUGGAAAUGGAUAAUUCAUUUGAUACUUGCAACUGAUAUGGCAAACCAUUUCAAACUGAUCAAACAAGCUGAAGAAACUUUAGAACAAGGUGCUUUGAAUUUGAAGAAUGAAAGUGAUAGAUUAAUGGCUAUGGAAUUAAUCAUGAAAGUUGCGGAUAUUUCUAAUGUUUCAAGGCCAUUUAAAUACGCUGAUCAAUGGUGUGAAGUUUUGUCUGAAGAGUUCUGGAGGCAAGGUGAUAGUGAAAAAUCUCUCGGAUUACCAUAUUCUGGUCCAUUGAUGAAUCGUGAACAAUCAACGAACAAAGCUAAAGGACAGGUUAACUUUUACACUUUCCUUUGCUUACCUCUUUAUAAAGUUAUCGCAAGAAUAUUCCCAGAGUUGACAGUUAACUUGGAAUCAAUGCAAAAUAACUUGAAACAUUGGGAACAAUUAGUUGCAGAACAAGAAGCAGCAGCAAAACUUCAAGAUGGUGAAGAUAAGUUUGCAGAACAACCUGUUCAAACUUCACAACGCGAACCACAACGAAUCUUAGAAACUUCAUUAAGUGCUCUUAAGCUCAAUAUCAAUGUUAAGUAA